CGCUUCGCUCACUCAUUACAUCAUGGUUUCAGUUCAAUAACCCAGUAGAGAGCAUCGCGAGUGAGGAGUCGAACCGCCUCAAACUUCCACUGACAGCCCACAUUCUGGGUUUCGCCCCCAAGUUGGAGGGGCGGUAGCCUAGCUGGAGAUUAUCUCCCCCUCUGUCGACACUGCAGUCUUUUUUUGUGUACACAUCCUGUACCCGUGCCCGCCGACUGGACCACCGACUAUUUUGAAGCUUACACUAUAUAAAUAUACAGUAUAUAUAUAAAUAUAAAUAUAUACCAGCCCAUUCGGGACAUAACGCGGCUAUUAACAGGAUGACUUCGGAAAACUUGGAAAUGAACGGUGAUGGUGACCGAAACGGCGGGUUGGAGGUCUCGCUGCGUGGGCACCGGAGAAGGCAACAGGGGCCUCUGAACAUGAACCACUAUGCCAAUAAGAAGAGUGCAGCAGAGAGCAUGCUGGAUGUGGCUCUCCUGAUGGCCAAUGCUUCACAGCUGAAGGCUGUCAUGGAGCAAGGACCCAACUUCACCUUCUAUGUGCCCCUUAUUACUCUCAUUAGCCUCUCCCUCAUCCUACAAAUCCUAGUGGGAGUUAUGCUCAUCUUCAUAGUGAAGUGGAACCUGAAUGAUGAAACCAUGCACUACAAGCUGAACAUCAUGGAGAACGUCUCCACGGCCUUCGUCUUUAUCAUAGUCGUGGUCAAUGUCUUCAUCACAGCCUUUGGAGUCCAGCGACCCAACCCAAGUUCUUGAUCACCAUGUUCCUCACUCGCCUGCUGUUCGACUUAGUGAAGAUGGACUUCCACAUUAUUUAUGCAAAUGCACAUGAAUAUUUAUUCACCAACUAAAUGGCAUUGCUGGUGCAAUUGUCUUCAUGUAAUUCAACCUCCAGGCUUUAGGAGACCCAACGUACCCUGAAGAUCAGAUGGCACGUGUGUGUGUUUCAGAGUACAUUUCGUCUCUAACCAUGGCUAUAGACAAACAUAUGGUCAAAAACGUAAUCACUAAAGCAUAAUCCAAAGGACUUUCUUAUUAUUAUGAGCACCAGGAGCAGUCUGAGCAUACUGCUGCUCAGGUGGCCUUAAAAAUGGUUUUGAUGUGGUGCAAAUUAAAUAGUUUUCACUGUUAAAAACCUCAACCAGUUAAUGAAGUGGACCUUACAUACUUGUUUUUUUUAAGUGAUAUGCAAAGUCUAGUGUGUAGUGUUUAAACAGAAUUACUUGUAUAUAUUAUCUUAUGUCUUCAUGUGUUUGUGCAUUGAGGUAUGUCACUUUUUUUAUCAAAUAUUUUCAAAGCUUUUACAUGAUUUUGUGCUACACACUGGGAACAUUUUCUAAUUUCAUUUAUAAAGAAAUCUACAAGAGUGA